GACUUAGUAAGGGCUAUUAUGCACUGGGUUCAGCCCUUGACUUGCAUCCAAUGCGCAUUGGAUAUUUGACUCCGCACAACUCGUCAGAAAGCCACAUUGUACAACAGUAUAUAGGAAGAGGCUGUGUGACAGCACCACUUCAUUUCAAGCCGGCGUGACAACCACGUUGAAGAUUACUUUUUAAUUCACUCGGGCGUCUUGUCAUCCGCAGCAUUUGCAUCAGAGAUACAAUACACUUAAAAAAGAUGCGAACCAAAAUUGCUUCGGUAUUUUUGUAUACAUUUUGCACAUGGACCUGUUUAUUCGGGUUAUCCCUAGGAACAGGUUUUGUUUAUCGGCUCCCAGGUAUUACCGUACAGCGGCAACGCGUCGUACCGGUACAGGAGCUACAGCGGCCGCGCGUCGUAACGGUACAGGAACUACAGCGGCCGCGCGUCGUACCGGUACAGGAACUACAGCGGGCGCCUGUCGUACCGGUACAGGCGCUACCGCGGCAGCACGUCGUACCCGCACAGGAGCUAAGUGGCUCUAGUGGGCCGCCCGCUAGCGGAUCCCAACUCAGAAACUGGUGUCAGUACACUGUUUCCAAGACGGUGUCCUGUCAGGUGCAAAAUGGGAGCCAAGCCACCGUGCAAAGGGUGCUUCAAACCUGCCACUGGCCUGCAACUUGUUCCAAUGUUGUCAGCUACAGGACCGUCAUCAGACCAGCUUUCAUGGUUUCCUACAAGCAGGUGACUGCAUUGGAGUGGAGGUGUUGCCCUGGGUUCUUUGGCAAGGAUUGUCGUAAAGAGUGCAUGAACUGCACCUCGUACACGGACAUGAGCGUCAGAAUCAACAGCAUCGAGUCACAGCUCAAGCUUUUAGAAGAAAUGCGUUUGCCAUCACCAACUGUCACCAGACCACCACAGGGAUCAGUUGACAAUGAGGUGGAUGCACCUCUACCAAGCCCGCCAUCUACAUGUGCUUGCGAGGGACGACCAGGGCCCAUCGGACCACCAGGAAAAAACGGAUCUCGGGGUCCACCGGGAAAAACAGGUCUCCCAGGUGUCAUCGGCCCAAAGGGGGACAAAGGUCUACCUGGUGAGGGGGGUCCCCCCGGUCCGCCAGGCCCACCUGGUCCUGCGGCUCCUCCUUCCAAGCCUUCUAUCAUACACGUGGGAGGGGAUGUGUUUCAAUUGGAUGAUCAAGAUGGGGAGUACAUCAGUCUAACUGGCCCCCCAGGUCCACCCGGCCCACCUGGCCCUCAAGGUCCGUUGGGUCCGAGGGGCCCCGCUGGGAUUCCAGGCAUACCUGGACAGAAUGGCAAGGAAGGCGAUCCCGGCCAGCCUGGGAUUCCUGGACCGAGAGGUGACCCAGGGCAAACGGGUCCUCCUGGAGAAACAGGCGAGCCGGGCCAAGCUGGACGACCGGGGCUCAAAGGAGAGCCAGGUGAAAGCUUCAGUGACCCGGACGCGAUUCCACAACUCAAGGAAGCUUUGAAGAUCCUGGCUGAGCGGGUCCUGAUCCUGGAGCACAUGAUCGGCAUACACGGAAUCCAAGAGGGAUCUGGUUAUGGUGUGGUUAAGGACCCCCAGUCCUCUACACUGAGAAAAACUAAACGCCGCUAAACUGGUCGCAAACCCACCCCGGCAGGGAUACAACAACCAUCUCCUGUUUAAGGCAAUCACAGUGUAUAUUUUUGGCUGGAUGUUUCAUUUUAUUUUCUCCUCACACUUUUAUUGCCUUUUUAUCGCCAUAAAUAUCUGAGUGAGUUCAAUAUAAUACUUCAUAGUUCCUUUUUUGGCGCGGCUGCAGCAGGAUUUCGGUCUACACAUGUGUAGUAGCAGCGCUUACAUUGUGUCAGACGGUGAAAUAUAAGCCCAUAAAGUGUUAUGAGGGUCUUGGCUUCUUUCUUUCCACAGAUAAAAGACGGCCUAGUAAACACAUCAGUUUCGCUGGCUUGCGCUGGCAAAGUUCCCCAGGCUGCGAUAGGAGAGUUUCCUGAGAGCCGGGACCCAAAAACGUACUGUUUAGUGUCAAACAUUCUCUCGCAGCAUCCUAGCCAUUCAUCUUGUACCGGCUUGUCAAACAUAUUUCUUCUUCCUCUUUUUUUUUUAAACUUUCUUCCCUGCAUCGUUAAGGCCGAGGUAAGACAUGAGAGUCUGCCAGCAGCGUCUGCUUAAAAUGACAAGUUUGCUUUUUGGAGUCUACAUCUGGAGAAUGCACAUCUGGGAAGUAAUUUUUUUCCCCAACUUCUUUUCUUCUUUCACAACCUGACAGCAUUACAUCUUCGUAAACGCCUCAGAGACUGGCCGCAUUGUUAUUUCAAGUCCCUCACAUAAUACAGUUGGAUGACAUGCUGUUCACAUGUGAGUCAUAUGUUCAGUUAAAGUGCAUUUUUAUUCUCUGACCAUGUGGAAAUGACAAGGAAAGUGGGGACAUUGUGUAAAGUGUAAUCCUAUUUCUGUGACUUGUGACAAAAAAAUAUCCAAAAUGAUUUGAAUUCUUUCGCAAUGCAUUCUAAUAUGCAGUCUUUUGGAGUUCAUUGAAAUACACUAGGUCAGUGGUUCUGAAACUUUUCACGCCAAGUACCAGCACAAAAAAUACAAA